GCUUUGGAUUUCUUUGCCAAGUAGUGAUACUAAGAAUUUCAAACUGACCAUGGACUCUGUGAUAGCCUUGGGUUUUAUUAUUAUGCCCAGUUACAAGGCCAUAUGAAAAUGCUGAAAUUCAGUUUGAAAAGCCGUGAAAAUGUCAAGCUGUAUUUGUUUUUUUUUCUAGACUAAAACCUCUAGCCAUGAACUUGGUUAGAUGGGGCUCAACACAAAUGAAGUGUGACCUUUGGUGCCAUGUGGUGAGGGAAGGAUCCAACAUCCAAUGCCGUCAUUUAACUUUUCUCUCUUCUAACAUGCUUCUUCCUUGGGUUUCACUGAAUAAUCACCUACACCUGGAUCUGUUGUCUGGAGAACUAUGCCUGGAUCACUCACAUGAUCAACAACAUACUACAUGUACAAUCUUCAAUUACCCUUUCUUAUGGACAUUCAGCUACAUAGGGCCAUUCUAAUAAAUAACAAUUUGUGUUCUUUGCUCAGAUACACAAGUAUCGUGUUGUAUGAUGAUGAUGUUGCUCCUCCAUGUCUUCAACCCAUGAUGUUGUUACAACCUUUAAAAAUGAUUGUGCAGAUAUGAAACUAUGUAAAUGCAUGAUUAGUGCAACAAAAUCCAUACUGGCAUGCACGACUGCUCUACGGGCGCGGCGUUAGCGCGCCGCCUUCCUAGUAUCAUAUAUUCAUCCCUGUGGGUGCUGAGGAUUCAGCCCAAGUCCAGAAGCCAGUGACUGGCGGCCUACCUAGCAACGAUGAUGCGCCGGGUCUCUGAACUAAUUGACCCAGAGAGUGGUGAUUGGGAUCGGCAGUUAAUUAAGUCGAUUUUCUGGGAGGAUGACGUGAUUCGCAUCUUGCGUAUCCCAGUUAAGCAAGAUAUGGAGGAUUAGCUAGCCUGGCAUUAUGACAAGAAGGGGAUAUUUUCAGUGAAAUCAGCCUAUCAUGUGUUGGAUGAUGGCAGGACACGAGAUAGAUGUCGCCAGCGUGGGGAAGGCAGUGGAAGCACAACAUCACCAAAGGCACCUGAGUUUAGUUGGAAAAGAAUAUGGCAGCUAAGAUGUCCACCAAAAAUUCGUCACUUUUUAUGGAGAUUUACCCACAACAGUUUGCCGUUGAGAAUGAACAUUGCUAGAAGAGGGAUGGAAAUUGACACUAGAUGCCCUGUCUGUUGGAGGUUGGAUGAGGAUGGUGGCCAUUGUUUUCUACGCUGCAAAUAUGUCAAGGAGUGCUGGAAAGCAAUGAACUUGGAAGGAAUCAGGAUCAGGCUGAGCACUUUGUCGGGUGCAGAACAGGUCUCAGAUUGCAUCCUGUCUCUAAAAGAGGAAGAGAAGAUGGCAACGAUUGGCCUGCUCUGGUCAUGGUGGAAUGCUCGGAACAAAGCUAAUGCUGGAGAGCAGAGAAGAUCCACUGAUGAGGUGACUUUUAGUGCACGUAUGGCUAUGAUAUCCACUGCAAAUGUCAAGGGACCUAGGCCAGUAUCUGGGGGCCGAGCUUGCAGUUGGGAUGCACCACCAGAAGGUAUUUGGAAAAUAAACAUAGAUGGUGGCUUUUGUGAGGAAAACAAAAGGGGUGCCUGGCGCUUUGUGGUGCGGGACUCUGAAGGAAAGGCGGCUAUGGCAGGUGCUGGAUGUAUGGAAGUUGUUGCAGAUGCACUAUGUGCUGAAGCACAUGCAUGCGUCGAAGCUCUGAAAGCGGUUGCUGAAGUGGGAAUGCAGAGCAUUUUGUUGGAGACAGACUCGCAAUUAUUGGUGAAAGCUCUGAAGUCGAAGGAGCAUGAUCAAGCACUCGGUGGAGUACUCUUCAGAGAGGCAAAGUUUCUUAUUGCAACCUUGUUUAAUUCAGUUAGUGUAAAAUUCGCCACUCGUUGUAACUAUGCUGCUCAUGAGAUAGCUAAGUUUGGUCGUUACCGGGACCCGGAACAUCCAGCUGUUUGGAUGGAUCCCCUCCCUGACUUUGUAAACUUGGCUUUGGCUUGCGAUCUGGCUGAGCCUGGGGUUAAUAUAUAAAGCAGUGAGUUGCAUGAUCAAAAAACAAUGAUGCAGCCCAUCAUCAGGUUGUA